AUGGACGGUCUGGCUGUGCCUGUGCCGCCGUCUGUCCGUGUGUGCAAUGCGCUGGUGGGCGGGAGGGGGACGGGCGCGGUGGCGGUGGUGGGCGAAGGCAAGCUGGCGUGGGUGGUCCAAGGCGGAGAGGCUCCGCAGACUGGCUCGGUUGUGGUCGACGAGGCGUUGUGCGACAAGCAUGUGGUGGUGGCAGCAGUGGCGGGCCUGGCUCCCGACCAUGGCGGUCCCUUUCUCGCCGCGGGUGCCGUCGUGCCAGGCGCCGCCCCGCGGCUCGUUUACUCCUUCCUGGGCGAGGGCAGGCUCAUCGAGCUCGAGCUGCAUAUGGUGCCGGUUGCACUCGCCGCAAUUCAUCUGCCUGAUGGCUCAGGAAAGGUUAUGGUAGCUGUGGCCGGCGCUUGUGGCCUGCUGCUGCAUCUGCUCGAGGCUGACGGGGAGGUCACCGCCGUUCUUGUCGUCGACGACCUGUACUCUAUGGUGGCUGUCGGCUUCUCGCCCGACGCCUCGUGUUUGGUCUCCGUCUCGAUGGGCGGCAAUGUUGCUGCCUUUGAUCGGGCGACGUCGGUGGACAUGGCGGCUGCGCCUGGUGGUCCUCUAAGCCUGGUCAUCGGCCUGUGGGACGGCGCGGUUGUGUGCUACGAGCUGGCGCCCGACGGCGAGUGGGUCUUUGUCUGCAUGCCGACGCCCGAGCGCCGGCCUUCGCUCCCAUCGCGGUCAAUGCACCUCCCGGCGGUCGUCGCCCGCUUUAUCUCCGGCGGCUGCCGUGGCCUCCACGUCGUCUACACCCAGCACUCGACAAGUGGAUGGUCCGAUGUUUCUGUGGCGUGCAUGCAGAGCGGCGGAAUGCGUCAUGUGUGGCGUGGCGAGGGUGUGCUGGCCAAGGGCCUGGCCGUAACCCAGGCCGACACUCUCCUGCUGGCCAUAACCGCGCUCGACGCCAAGCGAGCUUCGUCUGUUGUCUGCCUGGACACGCCCUCGCUGAUGAGGCGGGUGAUCGGACCGACAACCAUGUGCGCACUUCAGCCCAUGCCGCCCGAGUGGGCGCUCGAGGCGCGCGGGCGCCGGCUGGUUCUGCCACGCGCCCACUUUCUCGCCGCCCCCGACCUCUCAUCUGUCCUCGGCGAUCCACGCGAGUGGCGGUGGGUGGUGGAUGGCGACUCGCUCACUACUGCCACGAAGCUCUGGCUCGGCCUCGGCCGUGUCCUUUACCUCCUUGACGUCGAAUGUGCCACCUGGUGCUGGUGGAUCGUCGGUUCUUCGGACGCGCCGCCGCUUGCGCGGCUCCAGCUCGCCGGCUCUCACCUCUGGCUCGCCGACCACAGCGCAGACUUGUGCACUUCGGCCUCGCCCGCCCCGCCUUGCCCCUCCUGA